AGGCAAAUUAAAUGGGUUUGGAAAAUCACAAGCCUACAAUUGCCAUGGUUGGCAUGCAAUGCAUGUAUGCAGGGGUGACUCUCUCCAUUAGAGCUUCACUUUUACAAGGGAUGAGCUCUAGGGUCUUUGUGGUUUAUAGGCAAACCAUAGCCUUCUUGCUCAUUGCUCCUGUUGCAUAUGUUUCUUCAAGGAGGAACACAAGUUCUUGUUGCAUGGGAUGGAAGAGCUUUUGGUUAAUUUUUUUGUUGGCACUCAUAGGUGUAACAAUCAAUCAGAACAUUUAUUUUGAGGGUAUAUACUUGGCCUCAUCCUCAACCGCAAGUGCAACAGGAAACCUUGUUCCUGCUGUCACCUUCCUAAUGGCAUGGGCCAUAGGAUUAGAGAAAGUGCAUAUGAGAAGUGUGAGAAGCAUGGCAAAGAUGUUUGGCACAGUGAUAUGUGUAGUUGGAGCAAUUGGCAUGGCAUUAGUGAAAGGGCCAAAGCUAUUGAAUGCAGAAUUGAUAGUAACAUUUGGUGGGAUGAUGGGAGGAGGUGAUGAGAAAUGGAGUUCCUGGUUGCUUGGUUGUUUAUUGCUCUUUGCAAGCACAAUUUGCUGGUCAUUUUGGCUUGUUUUGCAGGUGGCAGCUUCAAAAUGCUACCCAGAUCAUCUAUCUUUAACAGCCUGGCUAUGCUUGAUUGCAGCAGUGCAAUCUGCAAUUCUCACAUUCUUCAUAGAACCUGAUAUUGCCAGUGUUUGGAAAUUAGAUUCAAAUCUUCAACUUAUUUCCUGUCUCUACACGGGAUUUUCAUCAGCCGUAUCAUUCUUUGGGCAAGCAUGGUGCAUAUCAAGAAGGGGCCCACUCUUCUCAGCAAUGUUCAAUCCUUUGUGCACCGUCAUUGUAACUGUCUACGCCUCUCUCUUUAUGCACGAAGAAAUGUACGCUGGCAGCAUGGCGGGAGCGGUUGCUGUAAUAGUUGGGCUAUAUGUGGUACUCUGGGGAAAAGCCGAGGACCAUGCUGCAAAUAAAUUACAGAAUGACCAAAAAGCAAUUACAAUUUGUGAAUCUUCAGAUUUGGAAAAUUGUAAUAUUGACUUGAAUCAAUCCCUUUUGGCUAACAAAUAAUUAAUAGGGAAAAUCAUUUUAAAAUAUUAUUUGUUUUUAGAUAAAAUUUUGAAUAAAGUUGAAAAUUCAUUUGCCA